GCGGCGUAGGGCGAGAGAGCGGGUGAUCCUCCGGGCAGUGGCCGCGCGGCGCGAGUCGCGGGCGACAGCGGGCGGCGGCGCGCGGCUGACCGCCGGACGGCUGCGCUCCCGUGUUCCCGCGGUCUCGCGACCCAGUGCAUUCUGUCGCGGACGCAGCUACGGCUCACUCGGGCACGACUGCCGUCGUCGCGGUCCGAUCGCUACUUUACGAUAUUUCCCGCCAAAUGUUUUAACAUAAGUGUCAUACAUCUUCGCGUUUCAUGGCAAAAGUGCACUAUUUUGUUUUGUAAUGCGUUUUUUUAAUGUGUUUUUGAUUCUUUUGUUUAUGUUUUUACCGAAGUCGACGGAGGCGAUUCGAUGGCUAGCGCUGCACGAGAGCGAGGGAAACUGGACGGAGGUUGACUGCGCGACGGCGAGGCGCGAUGGAGCGUUAUGGGCCGGCCAGGCUCGUGCGUGCCGACGGCAGCCCGGGGCGAUGGCGCACGUGGCGGCGGCCGCGCGGCUGACGCGCGCCGCCUGUCUGGCCGCGCACGCCGGCGACCGCUGGAACUGCUCCUCCAUCGAGCGCGCGCCCAACUACUCGCCAGACCUACUCACCGGAACCCGCGAGCAAGCGUACGUGUACGCUAUGUCCGCAGCGGCGCUGGCGUGGUCUGUGGCGCGCGCGUGCGCGGCGGGCGCGCUGCCCGCGUGCUCGUGCGCCGCGCCGCCGCGCGCGCCGCCCCGCCCGCCGCGGCAGGCGCACGUCACGCCCGCUGAGCCGCACGCGAGGUUCAAGUGGGGCGGCUGCGGAGACAAUUUUCAGUGGGCUGAGAGAUUUGCGAAGCAAUUCAUAGACAUGCAUGAAAUAGACGUUCGCGAUGGUAAAUUGGAAGAGUUGAUCGAAGUGGAGACGACUACCACUGAACUACCGACCACGACGGAGCCGAGCACGCCAGCGCCCGUGGUGAUCCUCGUGGACGACCAGCCGGCGCCGGCGCCUGACAACGCAAGCGUGACAGCGCGCCCGCGGAAGAAGGGGCGCCGCGGGCGCAAGCGCCUGCCGCGCUCGCCCCGCAGAGGCAGGCCCACAAGGAAACGAUUCAGACCAAGAUACGACUUUGAGGACCGAAAUUCCAGAUACCGUAACUUGGAGUACCGCAUGGCCGCCGACGACCCGCGCUUCGACCCGCAGGUAGACUUGCGCACGCGACUGCAGCGCCUGCGCCCGUUCAUCGCCUCCGCUAAUCUCAUCAACGUCCGUUUUGGCAGAAAGGCUGUAUCGUUGGCCAUGCGCACUAAGUGCACGUGCCACGGUGUGUCGGGUUCGUGCUCGGUGCGCACGUGCUGGCGCGCGCUGCCGCCGCUGGCGCGCGUGGCGGCCGCACUAGCGGGCGAGGCGGCGCGCGCCGGCCCGCUGCGCCCGCGCCGCCGUGCGCGCCGCACCAAGCCGCGCCUCCGCUACGUCACGCCCAGCCCGGACUACUGCGAGCCUGAUCCUGCCGCCGGUUCGCUUGGCACACACGGAAGACGAUGCAACGCGAGUGCGGGGAACGCCGCAGGCGGCUGCGGGCGGCUGUGCUGCGGGCGCGGGCGGCGGGCCGUGCGCUCCACCCGACUCGAGCGCUGCCACUGCCGCUACCACUGGUGCUGCCGCGUCGACUGCCAGCUCUGUCGCAUCACCUCGGAAGAUCACUAUUGCAAUUAAACACCUUAAGAAUAUCAUUCCUGUUAACAGACAGUAUAUUAGCAUAAGCGUCGGGUUGAGUUACCUAUUUAUUUUCCCAUGUCUACAUUUCUAAGUUUAUCGGUACCUAUUAUAAAGGAUUUUCUUACUGGAAAUAUUGCUGAGCACUGCAAUCUCUUAGUUUUCUUUGGUAUUGUGUUUGUUUUUUGUUAAAAUAACAUUAUUUAUGUUAUAUGUUCAUCUUCCUAUUAUUCGAAAACCUACCAACCCUGAUGUCAAACCUUGCUUCAAGCAAAUAAUAAAACUAACAGAUAUUUUAUUAGUUAUACUUUGAAUACUAAUUACCAAAGAAUUCCAAGUACCUACAGAUGAUUUGAUAUUUCUAAAUGUUAGCUAGUCAUGUUUCAGAAAAAUUGUUAUAAAUUUCUACAUCGUCUCAAAUAUUUAAGUACCUUUUCAAAGUAAACGUCGUAAUAUACAAAUUGUUAGAUGAUUAGGGAGUAGACAUUUUAUAUUUUAACGUAGAUACCUAACGGAGUUAUGAUAAGACAUGAUAGGGGCGUAGACAAUACUCGAGUAUAAAGUCAGGGAAACGCUAGGAGACAAAAAUGAAAGUGUCUCACGACACUCGUCGCCUAGAGUGUAUCCAUGACUUUGGCGUAGGAGCCACGUAGCAACAACACCGUAAAUAGAUGCAAAGUAUAUGCUGUACUUAGAAUUAAAAUAGUUUUGAUGUAAGUAAAUUAACUUUUCCCCUCACUAGCUCGGAAACACGUGUUUUGUCCUUUAAUACCAGCGGGUAAAAACGCAUUUUAUCCACUAGUGGGUAAAGUAAUUUGACCUUGAACAAAAUCAAAUUAACUGCUUUAAA